AUCCCAUCAAAUUUUGAUUUCACGCCCAUGUUCGCUUCUUCUUCAAACAACUUUGAAUCAUUCGGGGGUUGCAAUUGAAUUCUUCUGAGCAAACCUUGUUAUUAUCACUGCAACAAGAGACAUGGUUUAUCACUCUAGUUUUGUGGAUGAAGAUGGAGCGAAUAGAGCAUGUGGGUGCCCUCUUCUUCCUCUUAAGAGCCACAUUAAGGGACCUGCUCCUGUUUCAGAUCAAGACAGAACUGAUAUCGUGGAUGAAGCAAUCACCUUCUUUCGUGCCAAUGUCUUCUUUAGAAACUUUGAAAUCAAGAGCCCUGCUGAUAAGCUUCUCAUAUACUUGACGUUUUACAUUAACGUUGCUCUCAAGAAGCUUGAAGGUUGCAGAACUUUAGCUGAAGGAACCAAAGCAAUCAUCAACCUUGGUCUCGAAAAGGUUCCUGUCCCUGGAGAGUCUGGCUUUGCUUUUCCGGGCCUUUUCCCUCUUCCUCAAUCACAUAAGGAAGCAGAAUUGUUCAGAAAUUAUUUGAAGCAGAUAAGGGAAGAAACAAGUGGGAGGUUAUUGAGCGUUGCAUACCGACAUAAUGGCACUCCAAAUAAAUGGUGGUUGGCAUUUGCGAAGAGGAAAUUUAUGAAUAUAAUUAUCCCUUGAACUGUUGUGGCACACAUGCAGUGCUUCAAUCAUAGAUUGAGCUGUAAAAAUACACUCAAAACACUAAAAAAAACUAUUAUGAUUCUUGAAAGGUAUAUUGUUGCUUGUAGGUUUUGAAUCUCUGAUUUUGAAUUCACUGAACUGCUGCUAGCUAGGUAGCACGCAUUCUCACAAUUCGUUUGCUUGUCACGUCUACUUUGCUCCUUAUGGUGAAGUCAGUGAUCAUAAUCGGGUUAUUAUGACAGCAGCCUUGCUUGUGCUGGUGCUGCUGGUCAUGUUGAGUUGUAUUGUCAAUUAAGUGUUGCAAAACUGCAUCAGCCUCACCUUAUUAUCAGUAUUAUGAAUGUGCAUUAUA